AUGGCAUUCCGAGGGGUGUGGGGCCUCGGCCGUGCGUCGCCGGGCCCGAGGGUUUGGCCGCCCACUCCCGACCCUAACCCUGCCCUGCAGAUCCCCCAGCGCUUCCUCAUGGGUCCCGGGCCCGGCAACUCCGACCCCAGGGUCCUGGCCACUCAGAGCCUGCCCCUGCUGGGCCACAUGCACCCGCCCUUCUUGAAGAUCAUGGAUGAGGUGCGGCAGGGGCUGAAGUAUGUGUUCCAGACCGAGAGCAACUACACGCUCUGCGUGUCUGGCACGGGCCACGCGGGCAUGGAGUCGACGCUGGUAAACCUGCUGGAGCCGGGCGAGACGCUGCUGGUGGGGAACAAGGGCAUCUGGGGCGCGCGCGUGGUGGACAUGGCGCGGCGCAUGGGCGUGAACGUGGUGGACCUGAAGAAGGAGGCGGGGCGCACCUUCUCCCUGGAGGAGCUGACGGCGGCGGUGAAGGAGCACCGCCCUGCUGUGGUGUUCCUGGUUCAGGGCGACUCCUCCACCGGCGUGCACCAGAGCCUGGCGGGCGUGGGCCCGAUGUGCGCGGAGCACGGCGCGCUGCUCCUGGUGGACACGGUCUGCUCGCUGGGCGGUGUGCCUAUGUUUGCCGACGCCUGGGGCGUGGACGCCAUCUACUCCGGCUCCCAGAAGUGCCUGUCCGCACCCCCGGGCGCGGCGCCCCUCUUCCUCUCCGAGCGCGCGCUGGCCAAGGUGCGCGGGCGCAAGACCCCCGUCGCCUCCUACUACUUCGAUCUCAACCUGGUGGGUGACUACUGGGGCUGGUACGGCUCCCGCUCCUACCACCACACCGGCAUGGUCAGCAUGUGGUACGCCAUGCGGGAGGCGCUGGCCAUCGUGGCUGAGGAGGGGCUGGAGGCGGGGUGGGCGCGGCACGCCGCCGCGCAUGACCAGCUCUGGGCGGGCCUGACCGAGCUGGGGCUGGAGCACUUUGUGCCGGCGCCUGAGGACCGCCUGGUCACCGUGAACACCAUCAAGGUGCCGGAGGGCGUGGACUGGGCCGCGCUGUGCAAGUUUGCCAUGGAGCGCUACGCGGUGGAGAUCGCGGGCGGGCUGGGGCCCACCGCCGGCAAGAUCUGGCGCGUCGGCAUCAUGGGCUACAACGCCAAGCCCGCCAACAUUGAGCUGGUGCUGGCCGCCUUCAGGGACGGCUUGGCCGCCCAGGGCUGGGCCAAGAAGUGA